UAGGUGCACCAUGCAUAUCAGUCAGCACCACUGCAUGUGGUGAGGCAGGAGUGUUAACUGGCUAAAGAAAGGAGAGCUGUUCUCAGUGUGGCCAGGGCACAGCAUCUGUCAGAAAUUAGGUGGAAAAGAUGUAUCUGGCUUCCUUUAAGCAGAUCUCUGUAGGCACUUUGAUCUCCCCUUAGAAAGAGCCAUCUUUGGCUAUCAGGGGAACUUUCCAAAAACAUGGCAGCAGUCUUUGCCAUCUGUGCUUAUUUUUAUACAAGGCUUUGCCCUGCUCUGUUCAGGCAACGGCCAUCUGUAAAUGAUAGAAGGUGCUGACAAGUGACACAGACAAGGAAUGUACAUCCCUUUCUGCUGGGAAGUAAUAAAGCAUUUUUGCUGCUAGUGAAUAAUGCUGUGAGGAGAGAAGUGACAUUGGAUCUCAGCAUUCAGCUGGAUAUGUUAUGACUACAGGUAUCUAUUUUUCAGAGAUGACAACUAUCUUGCCAUUCUCUACUUACUUUUCUUCUCUAUCCUCUUCAAGGCAUAAGUGCUUGGGAUAGGUGCAAUUCAUUUUUCCAAGGCAGAUUCACUGUGUUACUAUGCUGAACCUAGCUCAUGCCCUAAAUCUUGUCAGGGAUGAGAAACAUGGCAGAGAUUCAGGCAGUGAAAACAGGCUUUCAUCAAACUGUCAGAGGACAGCUAUGCAUGUAAUAUGUAUACACGAAGCAAUCUGGCAUUAUGUGCAUCAGCCUUGCAUUAUUAACAUCUGAUUAACAUCUAGAUCCACUCAGACUCCUACUCGCUAUAAAGAACAGGCAACCUAUUAAUUCCUCCUAUUGCCACUCUCCUUUGGGGUAACAACUGGAGGAAAACUUGAAGCUAAUCUGAUUUGAGAUUUUAUAAUGAACGUGAAUCUCUGAUUAAGACCUCUGAUUAGAAUAUCCACAACUGUUCCUAAGGAGGCGUUCAGUGCCAGUUUGGAUGGGGCCCAGCCUCAUCUAGUGGGUGCCUUGCCCACAGCAGGGGAGUUAAAGCUAGAUGAUCUUUAAGGUCCCUUCCAAGCUGAGGCAUUCUAUGAACUUGUGAGAACAGACAACGUGACUUUGACUGCGACUUCUUUGUGUUUGUCAGUUUCACUGAGGCUGAAACAGGCAGUCUAGAACCAACCAACUCAGGAGCCUCUAUGGAAAAGAUUCUGGUUCAGUUUUAACAAAGCAUCCUUUUGUUUUUGUAUGCAGGAUAUCUGGUGGAGAAGGUUUGCACACUGUAGAAGUACAAUGGUGCUGCAUCUAACACCAGCAUCAAAGGAGCAACGGGGAUGAAAAAAUAUUUCUAAUAUUAUGGGUGAUGUGUUGCAAGAAUACAGAGAUCUGAGCAACUGGCAACAGCUGUACUGUUGGAGGCUUUGUUGAUUCAAUAGGUUGCCAGAGGCUGCAAAGUGAUAAGCAGGACAAAGUCCACACCUGUUCUCUCAGUGCAAAUACCCUUAUCUCUGUUCCCUUCACAGCCUUUCACAGUGGCUGGGUAGUCCAAGGAGCAAGCUCUGCUGCCAUUGUAUGUAUGGCGGAAGCAGGGUUGGUUACAGCUCUCUGAAGAAUCUGUUUUCUUAAAUUAGGACCAUUUGCUUCUCUGUUUUGAUGGUACACUUGCUUACAGAGCUUCAGUCUUCUAGCCUACUCCCUUAACUAUCUUCGUCUUUUCAGAAGCCUCAAAUUGGGCUGAAUUUGCAGAGCUUUUCCAUCUUCGGUGUCUUUCCUCCCUCAGUGUUUGUGAUAUGUUCCAGCCAGCACAUGUGCCUUGAAUUUGUUACACACGUCUCUACACAGAAAAGGCUCCUACUUGUGAUCUCUUCUCUUAGAUUUGAGCUCUGGCUCAGAUGGGGAAAGGAGGGACUGUGUCAUUACUGAUGGAAACCACUGUGACAUAUUGAUUUCCUUCCUGCAGGCUGAUGGUGAGUCACUUCUGUCUUCCCUGUCAAGAUCCUUGCUUCUUUGUGGUAGGAACAAAGCGGGAAGAAUCCAAGAGUCUCUUUUUCACUGUAGUUCAAAGCCUUGUGCUUUCUUUUCUGUUUGUUUGUUUUAUUUUGAGACAAAGCAGAGCGGGUUCUGUAAGGGAAAACACUGCAGGGAAAUCUUACCACAGUAUAAUUUCAUAAGGUAGUUGUAUGUAAUCCAAACUACUCUGUACAUCAUCAAAACGUGGGCUGUAAUAUCAGUGCAGCAAUUUAUUUUGGCCCUGGACUACAUCACAGAACAAGCAAUGGCAGCUGCUCAGCUGAACCCUGAAAUGAGCUGUUGCCCAGAUGCUCAGUUCCACCUGCAGAGUCUGCAUCGUUGUCACACACAUCGUAAGGUAAACCUUAAUUCCUUCAGCAGUGGUAGGACUGUCACUGACUGUCAGUUUUCCUGUUUAGCUGUGCUAAAAUCUCACUUCCACGGUGAGUUAGAACUGGUGUGCCUCACUCAAGCUCUCUUCUACCUGCAAGCCCGUUUUCUACUUUUUUAAUCUUCAUUCUUCCCAAAGCUACCUCUCCAUCCCAUUCUUGCUUUGGAGAUGUUAAGUUCUUCCUGGAAAUUGUUCCACGUAAUGCUUACUUCCCAAAUCUUGCUUUCAGCUUUCAGUCCUGCUUUCAGUCCUGCUUUCAGCUUCUGAGCAUGGCCCCUCUCCCUGACUCCUGUCAGCCACAGGGGCCUGGGUCUUCUCUCCAUUCCAGCUUCCCAUUUUCUUAGUUUUGAGGUCACUUUUUAAGGGCGUUUUCACCUCCCUUUUGUUACCUGAACAAUAAGUAACCCAGGUAGUUAGUUAUAAACUCAAAGGGAACAAGAGGCUGGUUGAUAAUUUAUAGCAACAUCUCAAAUUUAAAUGGAAAGUAAAUAUCAAGUUGUUAGCAUUAAAGAAAACCCAUUCCAGAGAGCUGGAGAUGUAACAUUCGGGGGACAUUCUCUUUCCUUCACUCUUCUUGACUUUUCCUUCUUUUUCCUUUGUUCCUUUCUUUCCCUUCUUCUUCCCCAUUUUUUCCCUCUAUUUCUCUUUUCCUUCUUUCUUCUUCUCAGAUUCUCAGGCAAGAGAAUCCUUUGUGGGUUCUGAAUCGCUGUUUGGACCAGAGCUCACUUACGCAGAGGUUCAGAGCGGUGAAGUUCUCAGCACCGUGCUCUGUGCCUUUCCUCUGGAGCCUGCUAGAAGCCCUCACUGAUGCCAGUGCACACCUGGAGCCGUGCUGGGCAGAGAGCAGGGAAGGUGAACUGCUGCUAAACCUCUCGCCAUUCUCUGGACGUGCAGUAACUCGAUCUGUCCCUGCUCCCAAGGACGCCUCUCUCUUGCCUUCUGUAGAUGGCAUCUACACCCAGGUACCACCCGUUCCCCCUGCUGCAGCAUGUUAAAACAACUCAGGUGGCUACAGAAGGCUAAAAAGAAGUAAACUUUUGGAGUCCGUGUUAAAACAAUGUUGCCUGCUCUGAGUUCUGUGAGUGUACGUGCUUGCUGUGUGCUUUGGGGGUGGGGGACACACAGCCCCGAGUUCAGACAUAACCAUCAGUCUGCCAAGGGAACUGUAAAGAGAAGAAAACGUAACAACAAAUGAUCUGCCUAUAUUGUGUGGUUUGAAGGAUUCCUUAUACACCCAGAAGCCUUCUGCCUUGAUUCCGUGCACCCUGCAGACCUGCAGCUGCAGAGGCUUUUAGAACAGCCUGUCUUGAAGCCAGUGGGAUUUGAAGACUGUGAAAACAGAAAUGAACGUCUGCUUGUAGGUUGGGACCUCACUGAAUGCUACGGCUGGAUGCCACGUGGAGAAUCCUGAGCUGAAUAUGGAAUCUAUUCAAGUACUGGAAAGGGGGGCGUAUUCCCUCGUGGAUUCCAGUCAAGUUUCUACUUUCCUGAUUUCUAUUCUCCUCAUAGUCUAUGGCAGUUUCAGGUCUCUCAACAUGGACUUUGAGAAUCAAGACAAAGAGAAGGACAACAGCAGCACGGCUGGGUCUUUUAACGGCAACAGCACCAAUAACAGUAAGGGUAUUCAAACCAUCGAUUCCACGCAGGCGUUGUUCCUGCCCAUCGGAGCGUCUGUGUCUCUCCUUGUUAUGUUCUUCUUCUUCGACUCAGUUCAAGUUGUCUUCACAAUCUGCACAGCAGUCCUUGCAACAAUAGCUUUUGCUUUCCUUUUGCUCCCGAUGUGCCAGUACUUAACAAGGCCUUGUUCGCCUCAAAACAAGAUUUCCUUUGGCUGCUGUGGGCGUUUCACUGCUGCUGAGUUGCUUUCCUUUUCACUGUCUGUGAUGCUUGUGCUCAUCUGGGUCCUAACUGGCCACUGGCUCCUCAUGGAUGCUCUGGCUAUGGGCCUGUGUGUUGCAAUGAUAGCCUUUGUCCGGCUCCCGAGCCUGAAGGUUUCCUGCUUGCUGCUCUCUGGGUUACUAAUUUAUGAUGUCUUUUGGGUCUUCUUUUCUGCAUACAUCUUUAACAGCAAUGUGAUGGUGAAAGUGGCCACACAACCUGCUGAUAAUCCCCUGGACGUUUUAUCCCGGAAGCUUCACCUGGGACCAAACGUGGGCAGAGAUGUUCCCCGUCUGUCGCUGCCUGGUAAACUUGUAUUUCCAAGUUCCACGGGCAGCCACUUCUCUAUGCUGGGGAUUGGAGAUAUUGUGAUGCCAGGUCUUCUGCUCUGCUUCGUCCUGCGCUACGAUAACUACAAAAAACAAGCCAACAGCGAUUCCUGUGGUGCCCCAGGACCAGGGAACAUCUCUGGACGUAUGCAGAAGGUCUCUUACUUUCACUGCACACUCAUUGGAUAUUUUGUAGGCCUAUUAACUGCAACAGUAGCCUCUCGUAUUCACCGGGCAGCCCAGCCUGCCCUCCUGUACUUGGUACCUUUUACCUUAUUGCCGCUCCUCACCAUGGCAUAUUUAAAGGGCGAUCUACGCCGCAUGUGGUCUGAGCCUUUCCACUCUAAGUCCAGCAGCUCCCGUUUCCUGGAAGUAUGAUGGAGCAGUGACCUGAACUUCUGCACUGGUCCCUUUCACUUUAUCUUGUGGCUUUGUCAUCUCCUGAAGCUGGACUGGCUGCCAGGUACUUGGGAAGGUACCAACUACAGGACUUGUAUGAAAGAAUUGAAAGGAAGGGAAGGAAAAAAGCUAAGGUGUUCCGGAGCUCCGACUCAUCGCCCCGCAGAUGUGGAACUGGGGACCCUUCGUGCAACUGCAGCCACUUUCCUCUUUUCCUCACUCUGAUGGAUCAGUAGCAGACUGUUACCUACUGAGAGAGGAAGAGACAGACUUGAAACUGAAAACGGCUUGAAGUCGUUCAAAAACUCGUGAACACUAAGAGAAAAAAAACAGUUAGGCAAACUGAAGCUUCUUCAGCGAACCCUCAUAUGCAUUGGGACCAGUUUCCUGUCGGACUUCAGUUUUGAAAAGAACUGAGACAGAAGGUCUUCUGUCACAAUAUUGGGGUUUUUGUUUUGGUUUGUUUUUGGUUUUGUUUUUUUGAUUUAUUAAAUAUUUCCUGUGGUGUGAGGUUACUUAUUAAAUCCACAGACAUUGAGUGACUUCUUGCAGUAUACAUAUAAAGAUUUGUUGUAACAAGUUACAUUUCCACGCAGAUGUCAUGUUGCAGUGAAAAAGGGCACGAUUUUUAUACAUAUAUAUAUACACACACAUAUAGAUAUAUAUAUGAAUAAAUAAAAAGGAAAACCUGCUAAGAUCAUGCUAUGUAGCAGACAGGGGCUUGCUGUAAUUUUUAGCAUGUAGAGCAGUUUACUCUGGCUUUCUUGUAUAUGAAUCUACAAUGAGCUGCUGUUUUUCUCCCCCGUCCUGAAACCAAACCUGCAGUUUGACAACAUGUCGUAUUUGUACUCAUGGACUUCAGGGGAUAUUUGAUUUUGAUCAAUGUAGCAAAGUAGGGAAGCAAAACGUUGAAACCUGACCCUGUUUGUUUCAGGGGGGAGGGAUGGGAAGGGUGUCUUUUUUUUUUUCUUCCUUUUUUACAAACAGCUCCCUUGCAGGUUUUUAGUAGUUCCUUCCUGACCCGGUGCAUGUAUUAUAGCAGCAAUUGUCUUUGUGCUUUCUGAUCAUAGUAAUGUAUCACUUGUAAAUACAUUUUUUCUAUUUUCUA